AUGUCCUCGACGUACAACAAGCUCAUAAAGGACGCUACCAAAGCAAAGCCAGGUGCCCCAAAGCCAAAGUACAUCGACCCGAUUCUCGCGUCCACCUUCUCACAGGAUGGCUCCCUGGCAGACGUCUGUCGCUCUCUAGCCCUGCGGCUCAGGGAGACCAACUCCAUCACCGUCUUCAAAUCUCUUCUCAUCAUCCACACCAUGAUACGCAAUGGUGCAGUAGACAACGUUCUAUCUCACCUCAGUGCAGAUCAGGCGGGCCUGAAGCUCAAGAACGUCAGUCAGGGUGGCAACUGGCAAGGUGAGAAGUGGCUGGAACAGCAGAUGCGCGAAGGAGAUGUAGCCAGAAAGUGGAAGGACAGAUAUGGUGGAGGAGGAACGGAAUUCCGCUACGAUGCUCCACCUUCUCUGCCACCCUAUGCUGCCUACCUUGAUGAGAGGAUCCGGUCCUUCAGGGAGCUUAAGCAUGAUGUGAUACGCUCUGCAGACGGAUCGUCGCGGUCACGUUCCAAUGGAGGGGAUGGGGCCAACAGGCUGAGGCGGUUGAAGGUGGAGAAGGGAUUGCUCAGAGAGGUGGGAUACUCUCAGCGGGUACUCUCGAGGCUUCUGGACUGCUCCUUUUUCCAGGACAACCUCUCCGACGACCUCAACCUCAGCGCUUUCCGCAUGGUGCUCAAAGACGUGCUAGCUCUGUAUACUGCCAUCAACGAGGGAGUGAUCAACAUUCUGGAGCACUACUUUGAGAUGUCCCACUCGGACGCCUCCAAGGCCCUAGACAUCUAUAAGCGGUUCUGCAGGCAUACCGAGAAAGUCGUAGCCUAUCUUGCUGCCGCCCGAAAGGCAUCGCAUUCCCUCAACAUGACCGUUCCCCAGCUCAAGCAUGCCCCUGUCAGCUUGGCUGGAGCACUAGAAGAGUACCUCAACGACCCAGCCUUCGAGAAGAACAGACGAGAGUACAAAGAGAACAAAAGGGUGGCAGACGGACUUCCAGAGGACAAGUCUUCUUCUGCCCCUGCUACGAACGAUGCGAAGAUUACUGACGAGGCAGCGGCCAAGAAGGGGCCCACGUCGCGCAAAGUCUCGAUACAGGAGCCCUCUGCCGAAGAGAAGACCCGUCCUCCCAAGCCACCUACCAACAAUCAAGCCAUCCAAGACUUCUUCAGUACCCUCGAGAGCGAGAAUGGACCAGAGGCGAAUGGAUCGCAAUGGGGCAACGCCUUCUCGAUGGCUCCACAAGCUACCGGGAUGGCGUGGUUUGGCUCACCCAACCCUGGUAUGAUGGGUGGAGGCGGAGCUUUCGGAGACAUGGGUAUGCAGCCUCAGAUGACAGGGUACAAUCCUUUCACGAUGAUGCCACAGCAGACAGCAAUGGGCAUGCAGCCGACGGGCUUCCCUCAGCAGCAGCAACCAUUCCUGCAGCCGCAACAGACGGCGAUGCCUGGCGGUAUGCAAGGGGGCUUCCUGGCUCCUCAGCAGACCGGAUACAAUCCAUUCAGGCAGAGUGUAAUGCCUCAGGCUACUGGAUUCGCCGGCAAUGGCGGCAUGGUGCCGCAGAUGACGGGGAUGGGGCCAUCGGGUGCUUUCGAUGCUACUCCAUUCACGCAGCAGGUACAGCAACAGCUGGCGAUGCAGCGGAUGCAGAAGCAGCAGCAGGAGCAAAACGGCAGUGGCCAGGCCAACGGAGAGGCCAACGGUUCAGAACCAUCCCCGGCCACAUUCUCCCCUCCUCCGCAAUCGCAACAGCAAGCCCCUACUAGCCCCACUCCGAAGCCUCUCUUUGCUCAAAAGACGGGUUCGCGCAAUCCCUUUGCUCCAGCUCCUGGUGAGAAGCCGCCGACUCCACCUCCCGCGGUGCCCAAAGGCCCUUCUCUGGCGCAAUUGGCAUUCAGUGGUGCUGGAGGGUUUGAUGGUCCCACUCAGGGCGGUGGAGGUGGCUAUAGUCUCGGAGCUGGAGGAUGGAAUGGAAACAGCAGCAACAAUGCUAAUGGUACGUCAGGCUCGGGCUCGCAGACUUCUCAGCAGGCCAGCUCGAGCGGUCUCGUUCCUCAGAAGACGGGUCUGCUAGGCAGCGUUGCGUCCGAGUUCACCUCCGCUGGGAGGAUGAACAGUGCCCCUUCGCCCUCUUUCGGGAACUCUCAGGGUCAGGGUCAAGCUCAGCCCAAUGCCUCGACCUCCAACAAUGGGCCUUCCUCCCCGUUCAAUGCCAAUUCUUCCGCACUCAACCCGCUCACUACAGGCUUCUCCUCCCUCUCCGUCGGCGGGAGUGGGGGCCCUUCCUCUCCCUUCCCCUCGAGCGCAAACACGAAUACGAAUGCAACCUCAUCGGUUCCCUCGACAUUACAGCCUCAGCCGACAGGGUUCGGCGGUAGUACCGUCAAGCCCUUCAAGCCCGAGAGCUCAUUUGGGGCAGAGCUGGCAAGCCAGUACACUGGUAUGCCUGCGCAGGGUGCGCAGCAGCAGCAGCAGCAGCAGGGACAGCAGAUGGGAUCGGCUAAUCCAUUUGCGUUCUCUAAUGGAGGCGCAGGACAGGGCCAACCACAGCAAGGACAGAGCACAGGUGCAGGAGCGGGGCAAGGGUCAGGGCAAGGGGCGGGAGGGUUCGGCUCCAGCCUCUUUGCCAGCAAUGGCAAUGGCAACGGCAACCAGAGCGGCGGCGGACUGAACAGCCAACCAACAGGCUUCGCCUCUGCCUUUGGUUCUUCCUUUGCGCCCUCCUUUGGCAGCGGCGUCGGCGGCCAGCAGCAGCAGCAGCCAGGCCAACAGACGACUCAGGGCCAAGGGCAGGGAGGAGCAGGAGGUGCUGCGCUGCAGAGCCAGCCCACGGGCUUCUUCGCCGGAAGUACGGUCAAGCCCUUCCAGCCUACAAGCGCAUUCGGGAGCAGCGCAUUUGGGGGCAGUGGUGUGGGGGGCGCACAGGGGCAGCAGCAGCCUGGGCAGGGGCAGGGGCAGGGGCAAGUGCAGACGGGGACCUUCUUCUAG